CGUAACUUCAACCCAGAUAGCACAAUAACUCUAUUAGCGUGAACCGCCUAUCAGCAUCAUUGCAUUGCUGCUCUCCAAAGAUAGAUCGCAUACACCUUCCAUGUCACACCCUCCAAGCUAACGGGAACAAAUCCGACUCUCGGAGUUUCGUCGCUUCUCCGCAAUCCGAUUAAUUGAUUACCCGCGCGACAUAAAAGCACCCCCCCUUCCCCAACACAACGGUGCUCUCAUACGUAUUCUCGCCAAUUGACAUACAAGACCGCAACAAUGGCAUCUGCUAUCAGAGCAAACUGCAGAAAAGUCAUCUGCAUCGGCAGAAACUAUGCCGACCACAUCACAGAACUAAACAACACCAAGCCAAAACAACCCUUCUUCUUCCUCAAACCCUCAUCCUCGAUCUUGUGUCCCGGAGAAGGACCCGUCCUGCGUCCCCGCGGAACGAACCUGCACUAUGAGGUGGAAUUGGCGCUGGUAAUGGGCAAGUCGGUUAGGGAUUUGGACCCGCGGGAUGAUAAGGGGGCUUUUGAUGCGAUUCAGAGCUACCUCCUCGCAAUCGACAUGACAGCCCGGAACGUCCAAGACGAAGCGAAGAAAAAGGGUCUCCCCUGGACGAUUGCCAAGGGCUUUGAUACUUUCCUCCCCGUUUCGCAGGAGAUUGCGAAGUCGCGCAUUCCGGACCCGCAUAAUGCGUUCCUGAGGUUGAGUGUUGGGUCGGAACAGCGACAGGCGGAUUCGUCGGGUCUUAUGCUUUAUCGGAUUCCUAGGCUUAUGGCGGAGAUUUCGCGCGUUAUGACGCUUGAGAAGGGAGAUCUGGUGCUGACUGGUACGCCUAAGGGUGUUGGGGAGGUUAAGUCUGGGGAUGUUAUGAGGGCUUCAAUUGAGGUUGAUGGGAAGGAGAUUGAGGAGGGAAAGAUUGAUGUUGAGGUCAAGGAUCGUGAGGGGCGGUAUGAGUAUAGUGAGACUUAAAGGAUCAGUAUGAAACGUUAUGAUUACAUGUGGCUCGGGGGGUACAUAGCAAUAUGAUUGUUGCAUGACAGUCAGUUGUAUAGGAGAUCCUCCUCAUCCACAGGCACGAUGGAAAUACACCUCCUCUUCUUGCUCUUCUUGACUGGCUUAUCCAUCUGUUGCUGAGAUCUCUCGUGCUCUUUAACAAUCCUCUGCACAGCAGUUUCCAAAACACCCCA